AGAACCAUCUUCACGAGCCAGCAGCUCGAGCAUCUGGAGCGAGCGUUCAACGAGGCCCGUUACCCGGAUGUGUAUGCACGUGAGCUGUUAUCAGCUAGGACGGACCUCCCUGAGGAUCGCAUACAGGUA